GAGUCAGGUGUAGGAAUGGACCAAGUUUGCUUGGUGGUGCUGCAGCUCAUCCGCCCCAGCAGCGUCAACCUGCGCCGCUGACUGACAGCUGGGAAGCCUCCGCCCAGAGCCGCUAUACACCCGGCUGCCUGACUAUCUGCAGGGGCUGCGGGAAUGACGGACAAUAUCCCCCUACAACCCGUGAGACGGCCGAAGAGACACGACAAUAAACACAGAAAUGGGUGCUGCCCGUGGUCACGAUGCUGUGGCAUGGGUGACUUCCGUCCUCGCACUGUGUGGCUCGGCCACCCAGAAAAGAGGGAGCAGAGGUACCCCAGGAAUGUCAUUAACAACCAGAAGUCCAACUUCUUCACCUUCCUGCCUGCGGUGCUGUUCAAUCAGUUCAAGUACUUCUACAACUUGUACUUUUUGCUGUUGGCCUGCUCCCAGUUUGUCGAGGAGCUACGUUUAGGUGCCCUCUACACCUACUGGGUCCCCUUGGGCCUUGUUUUGAUUGUCACCAUCAUGAGGGAGGCGGUCGAAGAAAUAAGAUGCUACCUUCGAGACAAAGAAGUGAACUCUCAGAUUUACAGCAAGCUUUCAACAAGAGGCACAGUGAAGGUUAAAAGCAGCGGUAUUCAAGUUGGGGACCUCAUCAUCGUUGAAAAGGGGUGUGUGUGCUUCCAUCUGGCAUCAGUGACACCUCUUGUCCUGUCCUUCCCAGGCUCCUGUUUCCUGCGGACUGACCAGCUGGAUGGAGAGACAGACUGGAAACUACGCCUCCCAGUGGCCUGCACACAGAGACUACCAACUGCUGCUGACCUUCUGCAGAUCAGAUCCUAUGUGUAUGCAGAGGAACCAAACAUUGAUAUCCAUAACUUUAUUGGAACUUUCACCAGGGAGGAUGGAGACCCUCCAGUCAACGAAAGCCUCAGCAUUGAGAACACCCUGUGGGCCAGCACCGUUGUUGCCUCUGGCACAGUGGUGGGGGUUGUGAUUUACACAGGCAAGGAGCUGCGCAGCGUCAUGAACACCUCCAACCCGAGGCACAAGGUGGGUUUGUUUGACUUGGAAGUGAACUGCUUGACUAAGAUCCUGUUUGGGGCCCUAGUGGUGGUGUCACUGGUCAUGGUGGCCCUCCAGCACUUCGCUGGCCGCUGGUACCUCCAGAUUUUUCGCUUCCUGCUGCUCUUCUCUCACAUUGUGCCCAUUAGUUUGCGUGUCAAUCUGGAUAUGGGCAAGAUGGUUUUCAGCUGGAUGAUUAAGAAAGACUCCAAGAUCCCAGGGACGGUGGUGAGGGCUAGCACCAUACCUGAACAGCUUGGACGCAUCUCCUAUCUACUGACUGACAAAACAGGAACUCUUACCCAAAAUGAAAUGGUGUUCCGCCGGCUCCACCUUGGAACUGUGGCGUAUGGGAUGGACUCGAUGGAUGAAGUACAGAGCCAUGUGUUCAGCGCCUACACACAGCCUACCCACGACCUUCCAGCCUCCAGGGCUCCGGCAGCCACUAAGGUCCGGAAGACCAUCAGCAGUAGAGUUCAUGAGGCUGUGAAGGCCAUCGCCCUGGUACACAACGUGACCCCCGUGUACGAGUCCAACGGCGUGACAGACCAGGCUGAAGCUGAGCAGCAUUAUGAAGACACAUGCAGAGUCUACCAGGCCUCUAGCCCAGAUGAGGUGUCGCUGGUGCAGUGGACUGAGAGUGUUGGGCUGACACUGGUGGGACGAGACCAGUCCUCCAUGCAGCUGCGGACCCCUGCUGGCCAAAUACUGAACUUCACCAUCCUGCAGAUAUUCCCCUUCACCUAUGAGAGCAAGAGGAUGGGCAUCAUUGUGCGAGACGACUCAACAGGAGAGAUCACUUUUUACAUGAAAGGUGCUGAUGUGGUGAUGGCCGGCAUCGUCCAGUAUAACGACUGGCUGGAAGAGGAGUGCGGAAACAUGGCGAGGGAAGGUCUGAGGGUACUUGUGGUCUCCAAGAAGUCCCUGACAGAGGAGCAGUAUCAAGAUUUUGAGGCACGCUACAUCCAGGCCAAGCUUAGCGUUCACGACCGCUCUCUGAAGGUGGCCACGGUGAUUGAGAGUCUGGAGAUGGAGAUGGAGCUGCUGUGUCUGACUGGGGUGGAAGACCAGCUCCAGACCGACGUCAGGCCCACCCUGGAGAUCCUUCGCAACGCAGGCAUCAAGGUUUGGAUGUUAACAGGAGACAAGCUUGAAACAGCCACAUGCACUGCUAAGAACGCCCAUCUGAUCACCCGCACCCAGGACAUCCAUAUCUUCAGAUCCGUGACAACAAGAGGGGAAGCCCACCUGGAGCUCAACGCUUUCAGGAGAAAACACGACUGUGCGCUGGUGAUAUCAGGGGACUCACUUGAGGUUUGUCUGAAAUACUACGAGUAUGAGUUCAUGGAGCUUGCCUGUCAGUGUCCCGCUGUGGUUUGCUGUCGAUGCACCCCCACUCAGAAGGCUCAGAUAGUCCGGCUGCUGCAAGAGCGCACAGGCAAACUCACCUGCGCUGUGGGGGAUGGAGGAAACGAUGUCAGUAUGAUCCAGGAAGCUGACUGUGGCGUGGGAGUGGAGGGAAAAGAAGGAAAGCAGGCCUCGUUGGCUGCCGACUUCUCGGUGACCCAGUUUAAACAUUUAGGCCGGCUCCUCAUGGUCCACGGUCGGAACAGCUACAAAAGGUCUGCAGCCCUCAGCCAGUUUGUCAUCCACAGGAGCCUGUGCAUCAGCACCAUGCAGGUAGAGCACAACUACAUGGUGCCUUUUGGUUUGUUCCCUCUCUACCAAGGAUUCUUGAUUAUUGGCUACUCCACUAUCUACACCAUGUUUCCUGUCUUCUCCCUGGUGUUGGACAAAGACGUUAAGUCAGAGGUUGCCAUGUUAUACCCAGAGUUAUACAAAGAUCUCUUGAAGGGUCGACCGCUGUCUUACAAGACAUUUCUAAUAUGGGUCAUAAUAAGCAUCUAUCAGGGGAGCAUCAUCAUGUACGGGGCGCUGCUGCUCUUCGAGUCAGAGUUUGUCCAUAUCGUCGCCAUUUCCUUCACCUCUCUUAUUCUGACUGAGCUGCUGAUGGUGGCCCUGACCGUGCAGACGUGGCACGGGCUCAUGAUAAUCGGCGAGCUCCUGAGCUUGGCCUGUUAUGUCGCCUCACUCGUCUUCCUGCAUGAGUUCAUAGAUGUGUACUUCAUCGCCACUGUGUCGUUCCUGUGGAAGGUGACCGUCAUCACGCUGGUGAGCUGUCUGCCUCUUUACAUACUCAAGUACCUGCGCAGACGCUUCUCCCCACCCAGCUACUCCAAACUGACCUCGUAAAGGGCGAGAGGAGCCACAGGCCUCAUGUCCUGUCACACAGAGAUGUCCCCGUCUUCAUCGAACAAACCAUAAACAUGGAUUCAUUCCCCUCCAUUGGUUCUGACAUGUUCUCCUUUUGUCAGGGGCAUGUUGUUUACUGAGGGAGAGAGGUUGUUAGUUAAAAAGCAGUGUUACUUGCUGCAUGUGUUUGAUGGAAAGACUAACUCCUGACUGUGUUUUGGGGGUUAGUUUAUUAUCAUAAAUAUAAAAAUGUCCCAUGUAAUGUAAUAACAUGACCUUUGGCUGUGUCAUAAAUGAAGACACAAAGGAAUUCACUAAAUUAUGCAGGUCUACCUAGUUUUAAACUGUCAACAUUCAUAUCAGGAAAGUAAGUGAGGAGGUUGGAUGUGACUCAGUUUGGGCUGAUAACUCAUUUUCUCUUAUUGCCAGACUGUUUACUGUUAGACACUGAAGCUGACCUGAUUCACAUUCUCCUUGAAUAGUGAUUUCUAAAUGGAGUUUGAGAAUUACACAGUGAAAAAAGCUGACUGAUGAGACUGCUGCACAAAACACACGUCCACAACUUUGUGUAUUUGUUUAUGCGUCAGCCUGAUGCUCCAGCCCGACACGGAGGAGGUUGUGUGGUUGCUAAUUUUAGCAUGACCCACAGCGUCUGAUGUUAAAUCUGUCUUUGUCUGUUUGUAUGGACCCUGAGUUGUUAGUGUUUGUGGAGCCAGGUCAAAACAGCCACAAAGCAGUGUUGGUUAUUUGCAGCUGAACCUUCCGCAGGGGAAUGUGCAGCCUCUCAUGUGGCCUCUCGGGCAGGCCAGCGCCGGCCUUCAGCGCUGCAGCAUGACUCACUGUAACAGUUACCUAAAGCCAUAACUGAAAAUACCCCAGUGACUGACAUCCAGCUACCCAGCCCCCGAUGCUGUCCCCUCACAUCUCACUGCUACCAACGUCCACAGUUCAGCUGUGACAGAACAAAGGAAAUAAAUCACCGUUACUCAGUGAAAUACAGUUAAUAUUGUACAAGUAUUGCUACUGCACAUUCAGAAGAAAAGCGAAGCUACUGUAUACUCCUCAUUUUUUCGUUUCACCAUUGGUGAUGGAGAUCAUGUAAAUAAUUAGCAACUAGCAGAAUAACAGUUAUUUUAAUUGUGGAAGACGUUCACUUGUCUCAGAGGGAUCUGUGUCUGCGUCCAUGGUGCCAUAAGUGAUCAUUGUUCUAAUAUGUUCAUCUCGACCUUUAACACCCACCAAGUCCAACAAGUUGUUUGCACACAAUUUUGUUUUGUAAACAGAUUAUUAUAUUUUUAUGUUGUAAUAGAAUUGCAAAACAUAAAUGAUGCUAAAAUGGUUUGGUUGCUUGUAAAUAACCUGUUUGUUUUUUUUACAUGUUCUAUUUAAUGGCAUUGAUUGCACUCAAAUGAACAGAAAGGGAGAACCGUGUUGAUGUCAGUGUUGUGAUGAUGAUUAAUACAUUUUUUGUUUCCUUUCCUUGUGCCUUUUUUCUUCCAUAUGACAAUUUUAAGAAAUGGUCAGUAAAUUCCAGGCAAAGACCAAAGGUGA